CGCGAGAGGCAGCAAAGACUGUUGCGCUUCCUGGUACCCGUCAACGCAGCCAUGAGCGACGCCCUGUACGCGUCCGUGAAGCAGGAUGAUCUCGAGUGCAACGACGGCACCGCAAGUCGCGUGUUCUCGCGUGGUCCGGACUACGAUGAGCGCCGCGAGCUGGUGAAGAAGUUCGUACUGGCCGCGCUCGUGGUGAUGCCCUACCUCGUGCUUAUCGCUCUCUUCGCGGGUGUAGGCAGCCCUGCCCACAGUUAUACUAACACACCGGCUAUUGCCGUGUCCGACCUGGCCAACCAGACGCAGGUGGACCGGGUGUGUGCCGGCCAGCGCUUGCAGAAGCUCGACAUGCAGCGCAACGUCUACUACGAUUCGUCGCUGUUGUCGCGUCCGCAGCGCUACGCCGCGCUAAAGCAGAAGGGUGCCACACUCUGGUUCACUGGCUUAUCGGGGAGUGGUAAGAGUACAGUGGGUCGCGCUCUCGAGAAGGAGCUCUUGCGUCGUCGUCUUCACACGUACCGACUGGACGGAGACAACGUGCGCAUCGGCCUCAACCGUGACCUCGGCUUCUCCGAGACCGACCGUGCCGAGAGCGUCCGUCGUGUGGGAGAAAUGUCUGCGCUGUUCUCCGAGGCGGGCAUCAUCACGCUCGUGGCGCUCGUGUCGCCGUUUCGAUCACGUCGCGAUGAGGUGCGCGAGCUUCACAAGAAGAUGAAGAUCCCGUUCUACGAGGUAUUUGUGGACGUGCCCGUGUCGGUGGCUGCUGACCGUGACGUCAAGGGUCUGUACAAGCGUGCUAUCAAGGGAGAGAUCAAGGACUUCACAGGUAUCUCGUCGCCCUACGAGGAACCGCUGAACCCGGAGAUCCACCUCAACGCUUCAAGUCAAUUGCUCGAGGACGAAGUUAAGAUGAUCCUGGACAAAUUAGAGACGGAAGGACUACUCACUGGUGUGGAGGACCCCCCAAGUGGAUACCCUGGUGUGGCUGUGGCGGACGGUGGCAACGCUGUCGCCACGUUUCCGACCUUGUUCCCAGACCAGCCGAGUGUCUCGCGUCCAGACAACUACGACCAGCUGCCUCGUGUGCUUCUCCGCGCUGAAGACGUGCACUGGCUGCAGAUUAUCGGUGAGGGUUGGGCUGCUCCUCUGCGUGGCUUCAUGCGUGAGGGUGUCUAUCUGCAAUCACUUCACUUUAGCAGUGUGUUGUACGACACGGACAACCUGACGGAUGGCAACCUGGCCCUCCACAAAUCCACCAACUUCUCUGAAUACUCCAGCGAGUUCGUGUCCAAGGGCCAACGUGUGAACAUGCCUGUGCCGAUCGUCCUCCCGAUCAACGACGCUGCAAAGGGACGUAUUGGAGAGUUCAAACAGGUUGUGCUUGUGAGUCCGUCCGGCGAAGAGCUCGCUCUGCUGAACAACCCUGAAGUCUAUGAUCACCGUAAGGAGGAGCGAAUCACGCGCACUUUUGGCGCAAUGGACAACGGCCACCCGUACAUCGCUGAAAUUCUCAAGUCGGGCGACUAUCUGCUAGGUGGCGAGAUCGAACUGCUGUCUCGUAUCAACUACAACGAUGAUCUGGACCAAUACCGCCUGACUCCGACCGAGCUCCGCAAUCGCUUUAAGGAAAUGGGUGCUGACGUAGUGCUUGCCUUCCAGACGAGAAACCCGACACACGCUGGACACGCAUACCUUAUGAACAACGCACGGGAACAGCUGAUCGCUCAGGGCUAUAAGAACCCAGUGCUGUGGUUGUCUCCUCUUGGUGGUUGGACGAAAGAGGACGAUGUCCCUCUUGACGUACGUGUGCGUCAACACGAAGCUAUCCUCCGCGAUGGAAUGCUGGACAAGGAGAGCACUGUGUUGGCUAUUUGGCCGUCUCCGAUGAUCUACGGUGGGCCUCGCGAGGUGCAGUGGCACGCAAAGAGCCGAAAGAACGCCGGUGCGAGCUUCUUCGUAGUUGGACGCGACCCUGCUGGUAUCAAGCGCUCGGAUGGCGACAAGGACGAUAUAUACGCAGGCGAUCACGGCCGCUUUGUGCUGCAUAUGGCUCCUGGCAUGGAGGACUUCAACAUCCUGUCGUUCUCAAAGGUGUUUUAUGACAUGCAGGACCACAAGAUGAAACCGAUGGACAGCAGUCGCAAGCAGGAUUUCCUCUCCAUCUCCGGCUCGCGUAUGCGCAAGAUGGCUCGUGAAGGUCUGCAGAAGUGUGAGGGCGACAAGAUCCCAGAUGGUUGGGAAGACAAGCCUACGUGUGUUCCUCAGGGUUUCAUGGUCAAGUCCGGAUGGGACAUUAUGAUUGACUACUACCAGAAUAUCAACAGUCCGCGCUGGAUUCCGUUUGCCACACAGUUCUCCAAGCCUGUCGUGGACAUGUCGCGUUCGUUCUCGUCUGAGGGCACGUUUGGUCGCACCGACUACAAGCUCCACUUCAAGAACGAGAAGGGCGAGAAGAUCUCCCCAUGGCACGAUAUUCCACUGCAUCCGGUUGACUCGACGGAUAACAGCUCGUACAACUUCAUUGUGGAAAUCCCCAAGGGUAUUGCACAUAAGAUGGAGGUGAACAAGGAGGAAAAGUACAACCCAAUUAUGCAGGACACGACACACAACGGCACUCGUGGACGCGACUAUCUUUACGGCGUCCCAUUCUUCAACUACGGUUUGCUCCCGCAGACGUGGGAGGACCCGAGCGUGAAAGACCAGAGUGGAAAUGGAGGCGACAACGACCCGUUGGAUGUGAUUGAGAUCGGUGCCAAGCAGCUGGCUAUGGGCUCGGUGAAUCUGGUCAAGAUCUUGGGCAGUCUGGAACUAGUUGACCAAGGCGAAGUAGACCACAAGAUUCUAGCGCUUUCUCUUGCUGAUGCGGAUGUCGACAAGAUUAACAGCGUGCGCGACUUACAGAGUGUGAAGCCUGGCGUGUUGGACGCGCUGGUGGACUGGCUCAAGAAGUAUAAGAUCCCAGAGGGCAAGUCGGAGAACGUCUUCUCACAGGAGAACCCGACGUCUGCAGAGGCUGCGAUGCAGAUUGUAGCGGAGACACACGAGCGAUGGCAGAAGCUCAAGGCAGGAGAGAUUAGUGUUAAGGACGAGUUCUGGCUCAAGUCUUGAAUGAAUAAAAAUGCUGUUGGAAUAAUG